UCACGGCGGCGCAAAGCGGUGCUGGGCGGGAAGGGAAGUCGUGGCGGCGGCGGCGGCGGCAGCGGGGACGGCAGCGACGGCGGCGGCGGCGGGGACCGCAGGAGCGGUGGUGCUGUCAGUUAGGCCGUCGGAGAAAUGGGAGACCCGGGGUCGGAGAUGAUAGAGUCUGUCCCUCCAGCUGGGCCUGAGGCAUCUGAGGCAACACCGGAUGAAAAUGAAGAUGACAUUCAGUUUGUCAGUGAAGGACCAUUAAGACCUGUUCUUGAAUACAUUGAUCUGGUCAGCAGUGAUGAUGAAGAGCCUAGCACCUCUCAUAGUGAUGAUGUUAAGCAUAAAGACUAUAUUGACCAUCAGAAGGAUAAAGUUGCUUUAACUCUGGCUCGUCUAGCCCGCCAUGUUGAAGUGGAGAAACAGCAGAAGGAAGAGAAGAAUAGAGCAUUCAGGGAAAAAAUCGAUUUUCAGCAUGCUCAUGGGUUACAAGAAUUGGAAUUUAUUCGAGGACAUUCUGAUACAGAAGCAGCAAGACUGUGUGUGGACCAGUGGCUAAAAAUGCCAGGACUCAAAACAGGAACAAUUAAUUCUGGAACAAAAAGUUCAUUCCGAAGAGGAGGCCAAAUGCGGGUGUCUGGAAAACCAAUUUUAUGUCCCAUAAUGCACUGUAACAAGGAAUUUGAUAACGGGCACCUUCUCUUAGGACAUUUGAAAAGGUUUGAUCACUCUCCAUGUGAUCCAACAAUUACAUUACAUGGACCAUUCAUCAAUUCCUUUGCUUGUGUAGUAUGUUACAAAAAUUUUGUUACUCAACAGCAAUAUAGGGAUCACCUCUUUGCUAAGGAAGCUGCAGAUGAUGAACAUAAAAACAGCCUUCUUCCUCAGAUUAUUCAGUGUUUUGCGUGUCCAAAUUGCUUCCUUCUUUUUAGCAGCAAGGAUGGGUGUUUGAAGCAUAUGUCUGGAAAGAAUCAUUUCCGUCAGAAUUUUAAACUGGGUGAUGACCAGGGAAUAGCACAUCCAAUAUUAUUUCCAUCUUUUGCAAAGAAACUUCUGAUCUCUCUAUGCAAAGAUGUCCCAUUUCAAGUUAAGUGUGUGGCCUGCCACCAGACACUACGUUCCCACAUGGAGCUCACUGCCCAUUUCAGAGUUCGUUGUCGAAAUGCUGGUCCUGUAGCUGUAGCUGAGAAGAGCAUUGCCCAAGUUGCAGAAAAAUUCCUAUUACGAGGUUAUUGUCCAAAUUGCAACCAAGUCUUUAUGGAUGAAACCAGUACCCGAAAUCACAAGCAGAAUUCAGGGCACAAAGUCCGAGUCAUUACCUCAAUGGAAGAAUCAGUCUUACUUUAUUGCCACAGCAGUGAAGGGAACAAACCUUCUUCUGACUUGCAUCUGUUGCUAGAUCAUUCAAAAUUUUCAUCACUUAAAAGAACUAUGUCUAUUCAAGAAUCAAGCUCACAAGAUUGUACCACUGUUCCAAAAAAGAAGAUGAAUUUAGAAGGUAGAAGCCAUGAAGGUAUGGUUUGUGUUCAGAAAGAAAAGUCAGUUGUAAAAACUUGGUUUUGUGAAUGUCAUCAACAAUUCCCAAGUGAAGAUGCAGUGGAAAAGCAUGUUUUCUCAGCAAACACAAUGUGUUAUAAGUGCGUGGUCUGUGGAAAGGUGUGUGAAGAUUCAGGGGUCAUCCGUUUACAUAUGAGCCGGAUUCAUGGUGGGGCACAUUUAAAUAACUUUCUUUUCUGGUGUCGGACAUGCAAAAAGGAGUUAACAAGAAAAGAGACUAUCAUGGCACAUGUGACUGAAUUUCAUAAUGGACACAGAUAUUUUUACGAGACUGAUGAAGUAGAAGGUGAAACUUUGCCAUCAUCUUCUGCAACAAUGGUGAGUAAUGUGACUGCUAAGAAUCCUUCUUCAACUAUUACUAUUAUUGAUCAUUCUCCAGCAAACAGUCCUCCAAGGGGUAAAUGGCAGUGCCGAAUUUGUGAAGAUAUGUUUGAUUCCCAAGAAUGUGUAAAACAGCAUUGCAUGUCUUUAGCAAGUCACCAGUUUCAUAGAUAUAGCUGUGCCCAUUGCAAAAAGACUUUUCACAAGGUAGAAACACUAUACCGCCAUUGCCAAGAUGAACAUAACAAUGAAAUAAAGGUUAAGUACUUUUGUGGGCUUUGUGAUCUUAUCUUUAAUGUGGAAGAAGCAUUUUUAAGUCAUUAUAAGGAGCACCACAGCAUAGAUUAUGUGUUUCUGCCUGAAAAAGCUGAAACUUCGAUUAAAACUGAGAAUGAUUUUCCAGUAAUAGAGACCAGUAACUUGUUAACCUGUGGUUGCCGUGAGAGUUACAUCUGUAAAGUCAACAGAAAGGAGGAUUAUAGUAGAUGUCUCCAAACCAUGUUGGAUAAAGGUAAACUGUGGUUUCGCUGCAGCUUGUGUUCAGCAACAGCACAGAGCGUAGCUGAUAUUAAUACUCAUAUCCAUCAAGUGCACAGAGAAGAAAACAGUGAGGAGGAAGAGGAGCAGCAGUAUGUGAUCAAGUGUGGCACCUGCACUAAAGCAUUUCAUGAUCCUGAGAGUGCUCAACAGCACUUCCAUAGAAAACACUGCUUUUUACGGAAACCCAGUGUGGCUCACUUUGGAUCUGAGAAAACAAGCCUGUACAAGUUUGCUGCUAGUACCUCACGUACAGAGAGAAAACUGAAACAGACAGUAAGCUAUCCGAAAAACUCAGACAUGGAGAAAGGAGCUGAGAAUGACCUAAGCUGUCAGAAUAUAGAUGAAGAAGUCGUUGAGCUUCCAGAUUUGGAUUAUCUGCGAACCAUGACUCAUAUAGUCUUUGUAGACUUUGAUAACUGGUCAAACUUUUUUGGUCAUCUACCAGGGCAUCUUAACCAAGGAACAUUUAUUUGGGGUUUUCAAGGAGGAAACACCAAUUGGAAGCCUCCACACAACUGUAAGAUCUAUAAUUACCUGAAUAGGAUUGGAUGCUUCUUCCUUCAUCCUCGUUGUAGUAAAAGAAAAGAUGCUGCUGAUUUUGCCAUCUGUAUGCAUGCUGGCCGUCUAGAUGAACAACUACCCAAGCAAAUCCCUUUCACCAUCCUCUCAGGAGAUCAAGGUUUUCUGGAGCUAGAGAAUCAAUUUAAGAAGACCCAGAGGCCAGCACAUAUACUAAACCCUCACCAUUUAGAGGGAGAUAUGAUGUGUGCCUUGUUAAAUAGCAUAUCUGAUACCACCAAAGAAUGUGACAGUGAUGAUAACCUGGGUAUAAAAAAUACUUCAAUAGAAGAAGAAUUGAGAUCCACAGAAGAAACAUAACACAGUAUCCCAGCUGAGAGGAAGGUGUAGCUGCAUCUUAGAGAAAUCACUGGUACCCGUGAACCAAGGAGCCUCUGAGAGACUUUGGACUGGAUGGGAUGAAAUAAAUCUGGUGUGAGAAGCUGGUGAAGGCCAGGAAAUGGAGAAACCACUUGUAAACCCAAGAAUGUCAUUCUUGUUUACUAUUGUAUUCCUUUGCCUGGUAUACAGUGGGCAUGCGAUAAAUAUUUGUUAAAUGAAUGCAUAUAUUAUAUGCUUCUCAAGACAUUAUAUAGCUAUGAGUUUCACUCUUUACCUGAGAUGCUAGAAAGCUUAAGAAGAAAUUUUUAAUGCCUGUGAGAUUUUGGCAUUUCAUGCUUUUGCCUCUCUAUUUCUACUUUAAGCCUUAUAUGCAUUGCCUUAAGUGAUUGUCAGUGAUAUCAAAAGUUUGUUGACUUUUGUCCCUAACUGGAAAUAACUUGCAAGUUCCUUAGUAAGCUCAUAUUAUAAUUCAAUCUGAGGUUAUAUCCAGAUUCUCAUUAUUUUGAAACACUCAACUUUAAUGAAGAAACUGCCAAGUCAUCCUAGGUUUCUCAACUUUGUAUUUCCUUCCUUUCUUGAAAAGACAGAUGUAGUUGAUGAGAUUUACAUAAAGCAUGUUUAUUAGUUUUCUGCCCUAAAUAUUAAAAUUCUCUGUUUUGUUAAUGCAGAUGUGGAAUUAGAAGAAGCUAUUAGAAGAAGUCUUGAGGAAAUGUAAUUGUAAAGUUAUUACCACACAACAUCAAGUGGCCUUGAAGAGACUCAGGAUAAUCAAUUCUUGAGUUUGUUUUCUAAAGGAGACCAGAAAUCUGUUGGUACAAAUAUAUUUGGAAACAUGUUUUUUUUGCUUUUGCAUCUGAUAUUUGCUUUGUAUUUUUGUGCUAUUUUGCAAGAUGUACAGAAGAAUAGAAUACAUGUUAAUGCAGAUACAAAUCAUGUAUUCUAAUAUAGUUAUCACAGUUUUCCAGUUAACUUUGAAUUUAUAUAUUUAGGUUAAAAGAACUAAAAAAUAGAGAGGCUCUUGACUAUUGUUUAUAUGUUUCCCAAAUAGCAUUAGUUGUUUAAUUUUAUUUGUACUGUACAGAUGAUUCUAGUUUAUUUUUUUAGGAGUGAAAAUGAAUAUAAAUAAAGCUGUCUUAGCUCAGUUUUUCUGUAAAUUCUGUUUCUUAUGUGACACUAAUAUAGAAUACCUUUGAGAUCUUUGUUUAUGAUUAUUAGAAGAGAGUAAUGGAAACUGAUCAUGGAAACAGAUUAAAAACUUUUACUGGACAAUGUUCUUUGUGGGUUUCCCUCAGCUGUAUUAUCCUGCUGUAACUGGAGCACCACAUUGCUGUAAUUAAAAACAAAACAAAACAAAAAACCCUAAUUUCUUUGAAAUUAUUGAAACCUUUUCCAUUCCUUUUACCUGCUUAGACUUUCAUGUGACUUGUAUUAUCUAUAGUUUAAAGGGAAUGAUGUCAAAAUGUUUGCAUAGAAUUAAAUGUAUUUUUAA